AUGGGGUUGACGGCCAUCCCAGAGGAUGGUCGUCCAAUUUAUCGGCACCGUGACAAUCUUAAUAUGGCCUUUGUAAAGAAGAUCGAUAACCGUUGGGUCGUUCCUUACAGCCCCUAUUUGACGUCGCUGUCCAAGGCCCAUAUUAAUGUCGAGAUUUGCACCUCCAUUAUGGCAAUCAAGUAUCUAUUCAAAUAUAUCUACAAAGGGCCAGACCGCACUACUAUAAAAAUCGAUUCCAAUGAUAACGAGGUGGACCUAUAUUUGCAAUGCCGGUAUUGCGGUCCAACCGAGGGCUACUGGAGGAUAUUCAAGAACCAUGUAUAUGAAGAGUUUCCACCAAUCCAUCAUCUUACAGUCCACGUGCCUGGCGCCUAUUACUAUUCCUACUAUGAGAGCGAUACUGCCGAAUAA